AAAUCAUUACAAAAUUUUCAAGUAUAUGUACUCAUACAAAACUAAUACUAGUAUUCACUAAUAUCUGGAGAUAUAUACAUAUAUGGCAUUGGUGAUCAACCAUCUUGGCACAUUUUUGCUCAUCGUUUUUCUUUUCGUAGCAUCAUCAGGGGUAAGAGUAUCCAAGUGCACAAAAUUUACCAUCAUCAACAACUGCAACGAGACCAUAUGGCCCGGAAUCCACCCCAGCAACUUCAGCACAGGCGGCUUCGGCCUCCGCCCAAAUCAGUCGGCCGUGUUCAGCCCCCCGCCCGCAUGGCACGGCCGCAUAUGGGCCCGCACUGCUUGCGACUUCACCCACAACGGUACGUGCCAGACGGGCGGCUGCGGCCCUAGCCUCCAGUGCACCGGGCCAGGGCAGCCGCCAGCCUCCAUUGCCGAAUUCGCCCUCGGAGGCGACAUCGACUACUACGACGUCAGCCUCGUCGACGGCUUCAACCUGCCCCUCCUCAUUGUGCCGCUAGGCGGCAAGGGCAACUGCAGCUCCGCUGGCUGCGACGUUGACCUGCGGCCCGACUGCCCGCCCGAGCUCGCCAUGAGGUCGGGUGGGAAGGUCGUGGCCUGCCGGAGCGCUUGCAACGCAUUCGACACCGAUGAAUACUGCUGCAGGGCGGCCUUCUCGACUCCGAUGCGUGUUUGCCGACGGACUACUCGAGAAGGUUCAAAGUGGCCUGCCCUGCAGCUUAUAGCUUCGCGUAUGAUGAUCCAACAAGUAUUGUUACGUGCUCCGCUGCAGAUUAUAUGCUCGCUUUUUGAUCUUCAAAGUAAGUAUAUCUUAGUUUUGUAUGUUUUAGUUUAAUUUUAUUAAUUAAUUAGAAUUUAUUUUAUCAUUUAAUUUCAAAUUUAGUAGUUAAUAAGUUGUUAUUAGGGUGCAUAUUUUUUAACUUAAUUCAAAUUUUUUUUUUCAAAUAUAGGUUAAGUAUGAUUCGAAUUCAUAUUAUUAUAAUAAAUUUUAUUUUCUAAAAAUAUUAUAAUAUUAGAUAUAAUAAUAGGCCAUGGUGAAACAAAAAUUGCGGGACAGUAAAUCACAUUUACGCAAAUUAGUUAAAGAUAUUGCCAAUUACUAUGUUCGAACUUUUACUCAUUUUGAAAUUUGAAUAUCAUAUUCAAAACAUUACAAUAAUGUCAUCAUAUUAUAAUUUAUUUCAAAAUUCAUAUUUUUCUAGUCACUCGAUAGUUCAUGUGGCAUGCCUUAUUGUAACCGGCUUUGCCAAAGCGCAGAUAUGCAUCCACGAUAUUUUUGGAUUCAGUUAUUAUCACCCUCAACAUAUCAACUUUUCAAUGACAAAAAUAAAUUGAGGCGUUAAUUUUGUAACAGAAUGAAAAAGUGGCAUCAAUAUUGCAACGUUUCAAAUGUUAUAUUUUAUUUAUUUAAUUCUUUUUUAUAAUUUAUUAUUAUUAUUAUUAUUAUUUUAUUUACAUUUCAAAUUUGAUGUUGAAAAUAUAAAAAUGAUGAAAUUAAGUCCGUGCAUUAAUUAAUUCAAAAUUAAGCUUGAAUUAAAUUUAUAGAUGAAUUUGUGAGUGUUUCUGGAGCAGGAACCAAACGGCGUCGCAAUGUACCUAUCAUGACAACAAGCUUAUAUGCAAUGCAGCAAGUGGGAUGUUGAAGAUGAAGCAAUUGUGGCGAGUGAUGGCAGUUUUGGUGGCCAUUGUCUCUCCAGUUCUGAUGUAACGGAUAGUUUAGAAAAGGUAUAAUGGAGUAACUUCAUGUAAAAAAAAAAAAAAAAAAAAUCUUCACUUUAAUUUUAGGGAUUAUAGCCAAUAAAUACAUGAACUUUGACAAAAGUUGCAAUUU